UUUAGGCCACAACAAGACAAUCCUCCAGCAUCUAAUAUCAUAAGCCCAGCUCCACAAACUCCUAGCGCUGCCCCUUUGUCUCCAACGGCUUACCGAAGUGUAUCGCCGGUGCCUUUCCAUAAAUCGGGGGAUGUUCAUCACGUGGAGGCACCUCAGAGCCCUCAGACAUUGCUCUCGCCUCCAGUCUUUAAAGGAGUCUCUGCCCCAUCUUUUACUGCUCCGUCAACAACCGCUCCUUCUUACAAAACGCCUGGUACACCUUCAAGCCAAACGCAACAACAGCCGCCAUUCUCUUCCGCUCCGUCUGGUAAUAUAUCAAGCACACCAAGUUCAGGACCAGGUCAUAAAUUUGUGUGGCCACCUCAGAAGAAUGCGCCUUCAGAACCUGUUCUUACUUCUAACAUUACUCCUACUUUACCUUCCUAUCGACCCCCUCCUGGCACUCAACAUGCCACGUCUGUCCCUAAAUAUGCAUCCCCUCUCUCCCCAAGUCCAAAAGUUUCAAGCCCAACUCCUACUUUUGGCAUUCAAUCUGCUGGAUCAAAAGCUCCACCCACUACCAGUCCUAAGCCCCGCAAUCCAGUGCAAAGCAACAAAGCCCAGUCUUGGAAUGUAAGCAGUUCGAUGACCACAACAACUACCUCCUCCACUUCAGGAAAUUUGCCUUCUGGAGUAGCUAUGAGUGCUGGCACAGGUUCAAGACCAGCUCCUAGAAGAGGGCGAGGACAAAUGAAACAGCAAGUUGCAACAGGUGCUAGGAUCCCCAUUUGCAAUAUCUGUGGAACUCCAAUCAGAGGUCCAUUUGUUUUGGCACUCGGGAAGUCCUGGUGUCCAGAUCACUUUUUAUGUGCCAACAAUAAGUGCCAACGCUCUUUGGUUGAAAUUGGUUUUGUUGAAGACCGAGGCCAACUGUACUGCGAACACUGCUAUGAAGCCCACUUGGCACCUACGUGCUCCAAAUGCGGCUGCAGAAUCAAAGGAGAUUGUCUAAAUGCUUUGGAUAAACAAUGGCAUCCAAACUGCUUUGUAUGUGCUUUUUGCCAUAAACCAUUUGGGAACAGUUCAUUUUACAUGGAAGAUGGCAGGCCUUAUUGUGAGAAAGAUUGGAAUGAACUCUUCACUACGAAAUGUGUUGGCUGCGGUUUCCCCAUUGAAGCUGGUGAUCGUUGGGUAGAAGCUUUGAAUAACAAUUAUCAUUCACAAUGUUUCAGAUGCACGAUAUGCAAUAAAGGCUUGGAAGGUCAAAGUUUCUAUGCAAAAAGUGGAAAACCAUUCUGCAAAGCUCAUUCUAGAUAAAAGAAAAAUUUAUUGAACUCAAACUCUAGUCAAGAGGAUAAACAUAUAUUAUACAUGCAACUGGACUUACUGAAGUGUCUCAUAAGUGGAUUAUAUGAACUGCAAAUAUGUUGUUCUGAUUUUAAAAAUUAGUAGUUUUUUGCUGUGCCAUGCAUGGAAAAAGGGAGUAGAAAAUGGAACUGAAUAAGAUUCACUUCACGAAAUAUGACAAAAAAUGCUUAGCAAUACUUUUUUUGAACUGAUUUUCUGUACUGCAUAUGUUCUUAAAUUUAGUUUUGUCAUGCUUUAUUAAAUUAUACUAAAGAAUAA